CUCUGUCACAUGCAACGUCUGAAGAACAAAGGGGAACUUUGAAACGGCGUGUGGAGGAAGUUCGUUGGUGAAGGCUGCCAUAAAGAAGACCAUCUACUACUUCUAUUUGUGGUUGUUUCUUACGCAUUCAACGUUGGAAAAUAGCCAAGCAUGAUGGUUAAUCAUUUUCGUAAAAGGUAAAGCCAUCCAGCUCGCAGUUUACGUUGGAAGAUUCUCUUCUCGAUGUCGACAGACGCCAUGUUGUUUUUGUCAAAUGCUGGAUGAACAGUUUUAGACGCUAUAUUCGCAUCACUGGAAACAAAUCUUGGCGCCAAAGACUGAGAACAUUUCAGUUGGACUCAUAUUUAGACAAUGUCUUCGAUUCACUAUAAAUUUAGAAGUAGUUUAGAGUACGAUACAUUGACCUUCGAUGGGCCUAGCAUUUCUCUCAGCGACCUGAGAGAUGCAAUUAUGGUACAAAAGAAAAUCGGAAAGAAUCCUGAUUUUUUCUUGGAAAUUACUAAUGCACAAACAAAAGAAGUUUACGAAGAAGAUAAUGACCAAGUACCAAGAAACACAUCAGUCGUCGUGAAGAAGGUUCCAGCUGCAAGAUUAGCUGCUAUGACCGGGAAGACCAUCGACCCAGAGGCCAAAGAAGACGAGGAUUCAGGCAAAGUUUCACUUGCAAAGCUUUCUCAGACAGGAGAUUUAGCCAAUGCCAAUGCUUCCGAAGAAGACAAGAUAACAGCAAUGAUGCAGCAGUCGGGGGAGUCUUUUCAACCUGAUCAAUAUGCCAACAAGGUGAGACCAGCAGGAUAUAUUUGCUUCAGAUGUGGAAAACCAGGCCAUUUCAUCCGAAACUGCCCAACAGUAGGGGACCCACGGUAUAAUACACAAAGAUUUGGACGAGGAACAAUCACAGAAUACCAUAUAUUGCAGAUGAAAGAAAGAGAGAGAUUGGCCUCGCUCAAGGCAUCUUCAACUGCAACUACGAAUCGGUCAUAUUCACCGGCAGUGAACACCAGUGAUGGUCAUAGUGGAAAAGAGAUACCCGCUGCACUACAGUGUCCCAUGUGUAAAAAGCUAUUACACGAUGCUGUCAUCACCCCAUGCUGUGGAACAAGUUACUGUGAUGAAUGUAUACGCAACUAUUUAAUUGACAACGACUUUUCCUGCCAUUCUUGCAAAGAAAAGACAUCUCCGGAUAACAUCAUACCUAACAAGUCACUUCGAAAAGCCGUCGAGAACUUCAAAAAUACGAGCCACUUGGUUUCGACUGCAGCUGCCGAAGCUACGACAACUGUAACCACUACUGUUGAUUCUGUUAUAAAAACAGAGGAUACUGUCGUCGAAACAAAGCCAAAGAUAUCAAUAACGCUUCUAAAAAGGAGUGAACCGAAACCUGUUGUACAGCAGCCUAUAGUGAAAGAAGAAGAAAAGGAAGCAAGUGAUCUCUUGAAUUCAAGCGUUGGACCCCUUACGGAGGCGCAGCUGUUCGAAGCGAUCGCCAAGGAAACGCAAGUGAAAUCAGAACAAGAAGAAGGCAAAGACGAAAAGCCAUUGGCUGAAGUUUCUGAAGAACCAACCAAUAGCGAUAACACAAAGACAGCUGACCUAGCCGUAGCUGAUGAAACAAAAAGCGCAGAGACUCAGCCAGAUUCCAAGACCACCGAGGCAGAGAGCGCAGCAAGCAAAGAUAGCCCUGCACACACUGAACAGCCAACUGCUACAACAUCCACAGUUUUGACUAAUCAAACGCUGCCGCAACUGCAAAUCGCUGCACAGCAGCAGCAAAUACAACAGCUUCAAUUGCAACAACAUUUACAGCUACAGCAAUUGAAGCUGCAGCAAGCACAGCUCGCACAUGCAGAUAACAUACACUUGCAGGCAGGUGCUAUCAUUCCAGGACAUCCCCAUCCCAUCGCUCAAGUCGUACAGCAGCCACUGGUUUCUAUGCAGUUGACAUCAACCCUCAAUCCAGCGCUUACAACCCAGCAGCUCAUGGUGUCUGCUGCCCAACUAAUCGACCCUUCGUUGCCUGCUGUUGUUGCCUCGCAAGGUUUACAGCGAAUAGCAGCCCCAGGGCUUACGUCACAUUUAAGCACAGCUGGUAACAUUGCCCGUCAGGCACAACCGAACCUUGGGAUGUCGAUGGCAAGUGCUUUUAUGCCAGACGCUGUUCAGUCACUGGUGCCAAAGAUGUUACCCACUGGUGUGACGUCACAGUUGUCAAGAUCCUCUGCCCUUUUGAACAGAGACGGCAGAUCAUUAGCAUUAUUCGACCCACUAUUUGAUUUGAAUUCAGAAAAUUCUGACAGUCUACCGAUGACAGCAGACGAGUUCUAUAGAAUGAAGCUCAAACUAAAGAAUGCGAAUACAAAGAGAAGUGACAGAAGCAGAUCACGCUCAAAAGAGAGAAAAAGAUCUGAUCGUUAUCGCAGCGAUGAUAGAAAAAGUCGCCGGAGAGACCGGGGAAGAGAAAGGAGUAGGGACAGAACGGAAAAAAGUAGGUCUGCUAGUCGCCACGAUUCACGUGACAGACAUAGUUCACGUGAUCGAAGCAGGAGGAAGGAGGGAGAGUCGGUACGAAGCAGCAAGGAAAGGAGUAGCAAGGAGAAAAGAAGCAAGCAUAGAAGUCACACUCAGAGGUCAUCCCGGCCAGAAGAGUACUUACAGAGAAAGCAAAAAGACAGGGUAUCUGAAAUGAUCAAAGAUUAUGACAGUUUCGAUGAAGAGGAACGAGAGUUGGUGGAAGACCAUAGGUCUAAGGGAAGCAGUUCCCACCGAUCACAUGGCAGCUCAAGGUCGAAAACCUACUCACCUGAAAUUGGACUAGAGCAAAGAGAACAAUUUCAAGGUGAAAGGCGGUCUGACAGCAGUUGGAGCCGAUCGCCAACCCCUGAUUUGGAGAAGAAACUGGUUGGGCAUAAGGAUGACACUGGCUUUAGUGGUGAAGAGUUGGGAGUUGAGAGUUCAAAGAAAAAUGGAGCCUCAAGUAAACGCCAGCAGAAGAAGAUUCGGAAAAGGAAAUCAGGUGGUGUUGAGAAAGAUGAAAAGACGAUGGUGAAAAAGGCUAAAGGGGAAGAUAAUGAAGAAGACGCUGGCAAGGCUGCUAAGUUGGACAAUAAGGUUGAAAAGAAGGAGAAAAGUGACAAUGUAAAACAUAAAUCUACAUUGAAAUCGAAAAAGAAGAAAGUCAUUAAACACAGCCUUCAUAAAAAUGCUAACUUGUCUGAGGGAUCCACCAGUGUAGGAGAAAGCCCAAAGAAAGCUAAUAGGCUAAUCGUUGAAAAGGUUGCUGAAAACAAAAAGAGUAAGGAGAAGAAGACUAAAGUAAAGAAGAUAAAAAAGACGAAGAAAGUAAAUCGAGCUGUAGAAGAAGCGAUCGCAGAAGUUAAGACAACUAAGCCAUUAGUUGAUAUUUCUUCAAGUCAGACCGAAAGUGAAAUCGAAUCAAAGAAAACAGGUGAAAUAAAAGUUGAAAAUGAACACAAACAUGAAGUUGAAAAAGAAAGAGAAAUGAACUUGAAAACAGAAACUGAAAUUGACACAGAUAAACAAGAUGAAAUCCAGGUCAAGAAUGAAAGCAAUAUAGUAGUGGAAGGGUACAUUGCAAGUCAAGCUGUGUUGGACAGUGGCAGGGAUAUCGAGGUUGAGAAAGGAACUGAAAUUGAUUUAAAGGAAGAAACUGAAAUGGAGAUCAAAGAGGGAACUGGAAUGGAUGUUAAAAGCGAAAUGGCGGUUAAAGAUGAGACAAUGGUCGAAGUAAAACCGGAAACCAAAAUCGAGGUAACAGUCGAAAAUGUAAUCGUGGUAAAAGGAGAAUCUGAUAUCGUGACAGAACAAGAAAACGACUUUAUGGCUAAAAAAGAAGGUGUCAUAGAAAAAGGUGACGUUCUGAUGGAUAAUAUGGUAGAUAAGAGUGAGAACGAUUCUGUUACCAGUACCACAUGCACCCAUGAUGGCGUGCUUAUUGAUGGUGAAAAGAGCAAGUUGUUAGAAGAGGACAGUAAGGGAAAGCUAGAUGUUCCUGGGGAUAGUAGAGACGAAAGUCCUUCCUUUAAUGAAGCAUCCAAAACCGAACAUUUUUCAGCUUCAGAGUGUGCUCCAGAGAAUAAUUUGCUCAACAAAGAUGAAGUCAGAAACUCAGAAGAAGCCCGGUCAGAAACUCUGAGCAAAUCAAUUGAUGAAUCGGCAAUUGAUAAAGAAUCUGUUAAUGAAGGUAAGGAAAAUAAGCCUCACGAUUUGGAACAAUGCGAAAAUUUAUCUACCGGUAAGCAAGAAACGGGAAGCACUGAGGAAAUGGCUCGCAAGUUGGCAAAGGAAGAUAUGAUCGUUGCAGCUGGAGAUAGAACUGUUGUUGAGGGGUCGUCGGAAGAAGCAAAGGGCACAGUAGAAACUUCUAGUGAAGAAAUAAAUCUAGCUGUUGAGGAUGCUAAGUCCAAGGAAAAGAUAAAAGAGGUAAAACGACCGGAGGUACCUGGAGAGUCAGUAACAUGUCAAGAUGCUGAAAAAGAAACAAAUGUUGUGGUUGGAAAAGAAGAUGCGGCAAAAUCUAUCUGGAGAGAUGGAAAAGGUUAUGACUCCGAAUCGUCUGUUGGUGACGAGGAAGUAAUAGGGACUAAUGAUAAAGACUCAGAUGGUUUGACAGUGGAGGCAAGUGAUAACGAUGGGCAGGGCAAAGGGAGUGAUGUUGACCAUAGCGAUGAUGAAGAAGAAAGCGAUGGUGAAGAAGAAAGCGAUGAUGAAGACCAAGAGAGCGACGAUAGCGUUGAAAGUGCAAUGGAAGAUGAACAGCAGCAGAAUGAGGAGAUUGAAGUUAAUGCCUCCAGUAGUGAAGAAACCUCUGAUAGUGGAUCUGAGGAAGUUGUAGAUGAGGUAGAUAACGAGGAUAAGGAAGAUGAAGAUAGCGGAGAUGAAGCGGAAGAGGAAGAGGAGGUAGAGCUUGAUAGCGAGGAAGAAGAUGCAAGUGAAGAGGCUGGGAGCGGAGAACAGGAGGAGAUUGAAGAUUCAAGUGAAGAUGAGAGUGAAGGAGUUGCAGAGGAAAGCGAAGAGGAAGAUGACGAUGCUAGUGCAGAAGAAGUUGAAGAGGACAUCAAGGAAGAAGAGAAAUCUUUACCGCAAGAGAAACCUUUGAAAACUGCCCAUUCGCGCUCUUCUGUCAGGAGACCAGUCAAGGUUUCGAAAGUUGAUGCAAGCGCAAAGGUAAAUGGGAAGUAUAAACCUGACGAUAAAUCGGAUGAUGAGUCUGAAGAUGAACGAGAGGCAAGGCGUGCUAAAAAGAAGAAGAAAAGAAAGGAAAGGCGAAAGAAAGAAAAGGAAAGAGAAAAAGAAAAAGAAAAAGAGAGGAAAAGGAAAAAGAAAGCAAAAUACGACGAUGAUGAAAAUGAUAGUGAAGACAGUGACGAAGACGAGGAAAGGCGACACAGGAAAAAGAAAAAAGCGGAGAAGAAAGCUAAGAAGAGCAAACGGAAGCACAAGAAACGGAAACAUGCGAAGAAACAUCGCAAGGCCAAAAGACGAGACGAAGAGGAAGAUGAUCAUGAUGACGAUGUUGAAGUGGAUAAAAAAAGAAAGAGGAAGAAACAUCGAUCAGACGAGAGUGAAUCGGAAUCCGAGAGCCCGACUAAAUAUAUGAAGGUAUCUAAAUCGAAAAGAAAGGACUCAAAGGGCCGAAAAUUGCAAAGGCAUUCUAGCGAUGAAGAUGGAAUUGUUGUCGAUAUGGACGAAAUUAGGCGUAAGGGUUCCAACAGACAUGAAUCAAGGACAAUUUACAUAGAAAGAGAUGCGCGUGAUGACAUCAGGCGAAUAGAAGCAAGGAAGAAAAGUAAAUUGGCAAGGACCGUUAGGACUUGACCUGCAUAGCAUAAGUCAGCUGCCUGUUUAUUCGGUCAUUCGUAAAACUAAUGCUAUCUGCGGUAUGACGGUUUUGAACGACGUUCAAUUUUUCCAAGGAUCCCUAAGCCCGUCAAACUCAUUAAUAUGCACAAUCGAGUUUCAUAUAAAGUGUUUUUCCUCCCUGCCACGUUAAAAUAGAUACCAUCGAAAUGUACUUUCAUGAUUUUACAUUUGUUCCAGGUUCUAGCUCUGAAACCAACCAAAAACCCCUCAACCAAAAACCCCUCAACCAAAAACCCCUCAACCAAAAACCCCUGAAACUGAAACGCUGUUCUAAGAGUGGCAAAAUUUGAACUCAUUUCAGCAUUUCCUUUGUUUAUACUUUUUUCGGUAUAUCCAUUUGAUUCAAAUGUCAAUAGCUGUUCUGCAAAACUAGAAACAUGCAUCUAUUGUAAUUUUCUGUAUAUCGCAAAAAUAUAUAGUUUAUUUCCAUGCAAUUUUUGUUAUAUUGUUAAGGGGACCUAGAGUUGCUUUCUCUUAAUUUGAUGUACUCGUCAGCUUGAACCGUACAAGCAUGAUGGUAUGCAUAAACAUUUUCUUAUAGUAGGACGUAAACCGUUGGGUUACACUACGACUUUAUGCGCUAUUUUUAUUAGACAUGCGUUGAUUAAUCCUAUGCAUUUAUGUAGAUUAAGAACCCCCUACUCUACAUUUGCUAUGCUUCGGUGCCCGUGCUACUGCAAAGGGACAACACGGACAAUGUUUAUUGGUACACUGGCUGCCUAUUCUCUCUAUUUCUUAUUGUGCCUUGCAAAUAUAUUUGAAUAUUUUAAACUCCCCACUUACUCAUGAAGAUACUUUUAUUUUCUAGCCAGUUUUUUAUUGCCGUUGACAUUUUCUGCAAAUUUUGUUCAACUAACAACCCAGGUUGCCGAUUUAAUUUUACAAUACUCUUGUACCCUUAAUACCUCCUAGUUCACCUCGUUAGAAAUUUACUGUACCAUAGGAACCCAUUAAUAAAAAUCGUCAAAAGAUACCCCAAUCAGUCUUAUUUAGGCUCAAUUGCUUCGAAACCACCAAGAAAGAACUCUAAUUUUCUGUAGGAACCUUAGGCAAAGUUGAAAAUCGUAAUCAUAUGCGCUUUUUCAGUAAUUUCCUCCUAGAAUUAGUUUAAAUUCGUUUUGAUAUGUAUAAUGUUGAGUUCAUUGUACAUGUUGUAAAUAUAUUAUUGUGAAAUUCAUAGAGAUAUCUCAUAAA